AUGAGCUCACCGCUUUCGCCGAUUCUGGCUGAUAUGGUGCUUGAUGACCUCGAGACUAGUUGCAUCGGGAACUUGGGAUUUGAUGUGAGAAUAUUUCACAGAUACGUUGAUGACAUAUUUACCAUCUUACCAACAAAUAAGAUUCAAUAUGGGCUUGACAAGUUCAAUGCUUAUCAUCCUAGACUGAAAUUCACAUUAGAAUUAGAAUGUAACAACUGUCUUAAUUUUCUCGAUGUAACAGUUAUUCUAGAGGACGAUGUCCUUAUCACCAAUUGGUACAGGAAGCCGACUUUCUCGGGACGAUACAUAAACUUCUUUGGCAACAACCCAUUACAUCAUAAAAUCAAUGUCAUAACUAGUUUAAUUGACAGAGCGAUUUUGCUCUCUGAUAAGAGAUUUCAUGACGCUAACAUCGACUUGGUUAAAUCUAUCCUAAUUAACAACAGCUAUCCUCUUGACUCUAUUGAAAGACACAUAAAAAUGAGACGAAAAAAGAUUGUACAUAGAAGAAAUGACAAUAACAAUCCUGACGAGAGACUUUCGAUUAACAAUAACAAUAACGAACAUAACAAAGGUUUCAUAGCUAUACCUAUGUUGACUGCCACCGUUCAAUGA